AUGUCCUCAGAUGAAGAUCCAUUGUGUCCGCCAAAGAACGAACAAGGCAUUGACUUAUCCAAGUUGUCUCCUCAGGAGUUGAGAAUAUACCGCAUGUAUGGAAAGCUCCCAACCACCCAGCAGAUUCUUUCCUCCAAGUUUCAAGAUAAGAAGUACUUUGAUAGCGGAGACUACGCCAUGCAAAACCAAAAGGGAGGCCAGAAAUCCAAUUUUGGAGGCAUUCCUAUGAGACACCCCAAUGCUGAGAAAGUGAAAGAAAUUUAUAACAGAAACUCCAUCAGUGCGGGGAACUCUGGAAUCAUGUUCAAUGGCAAGCUGAACUUGUUGAGUGAAUCCACUUCAGACGACCCGGAACCCAAGCAGAGCUAG